AUGGCCAUCUCAAGUGAUUGCUAUGGACAGAAUUGUGACAGUACAGACUGGAGCUCGACCGCGCACUCGAUCGAGCUGGAAGCACAGAUGCGAAAAGACAUGCUUGCACUCAAUUCGAAGUCUUUUGGAGCACUUUGGAGCAUAUGGGACGUAAGGAGAAAGGAAGGACUUGGUGCAUGGACGCAGCUUAACUGGACACGCAAUGGGAGAAGAGGAAGUCAUCUUGAAGACCAGCUCGACCACCUACUCGACCGGCCAAGCUUCAACUCGAUCAAGCUGAGAAGUCAACAAGAUCACAACGAAGACUUGAAUCAAGACAGGAUCAAGAACGAUCGAGCAGAACUGAAGAUACAACAAGAUUGUCCAGGUGGGACGAUCAUUGUGCAAACAUGGGAAGAGCCGACUGAACGGCGAAAUAUCAAAGUUCUCCAAAUCAAGAAAAGAAGAGUUUGGACAACAUCAGAGACCAUUCUAAGAAUUUUGGUCGAAGCAGAAUGCAAAUUGGACGAGCAGAUUGGGAGAAGCACGACGGGGACGAAACCCUCCAAACAGGGAAACGUACGAAACCCUCUGGACGAGGAAACGUACAUUUGGAGCAAUCUUGUUCUAAGCCAACCAAGUGGUGACACCAGCUACUUGGGGAAGAUAAGGAUGAGCUAG